AUGGCCCCACCCACGGCUUCCGCCGAUGCAGGCGCUCCGCAGCAGGGUCCCAGAAUCCCUGCCAUGCGGCAUAGCCUGUUGACCGUACAGGCUUUGCCCUCGAGCUCAUCGUCCCUGACCUCAUCCCCGGCUGUCCCGGGCAAGCGUACCGCAUCGUCCUCGUUCCCCUCGCCCGCGCCCCCCUCCAAGAAACCUCAGCCCUCCUCCGUCGUUGCUGAGCUCCGCUCCCUUGCUCAGCGUCUCGAGACCGAACAGGCCUCGGCCUCGGCCGGUGGAGAUGGCGCCUGGGUCGAAAGCGCGCUCAAGAUCCUGAAAGACGGCACUGCGGUCCAUCAGAGUUUUCUGGAUCUUAAAUCCGACCUGAAUGUCGAGACUGAUAUCCUUCGACGCCAUCUGGAGGACCUGUCGGGGGAUCUGAAGAAUCUGUCGGCAAAUAUGAUCUCGGUCUGCGGGACAUUCGAUGCUCUGAACCAGAAGGUCUUGGGUCUCACCCGCUCUCACCAUGCCAGUCGUUCGCAAACUCGUCAGUCUGUCCAGGCGCUCAUGGAGCUGCACCGUGAUGAUACCGCUGGUUGUACCAAGGUAAAGCAGGCCUUGUCGAACUUCGACAAGGGCAAGCCCUCUUCCAUCCGCUCUCCACGCUCCUUCGAGGAUCCUCUUGGGACCCGCGUUUUGUCAAAGUCGGACACCGCAUAG